AUGCGACAUGUAUCUCAUCGCAUCUUACAUAUUUGUGCAUCUGUGCAGCAGACGGAAAUGAUCAGAAAACAGGCCCGAGAAAGAAGAGAGUUUCUCUACCGCAAGUCGGUACAGCUCCAGGAAUCGAAGCUCGCCGAGAAACGCCGGCAGUUGAAGGCAGCUUUGGCUUCAGGAAAACCGCUUUCGAAAGAUUUGGCCGAAGAUGAACAGCUUCGAAAAGAUUUCAUUUUCGAUGAAAGUGAGCAGGUGAAUGUCGAUGACGAGUAUUCUGCGCUCAGCGGCAUUGCGGAGCCCAAGGUGAUUGUGACAACGUCGAGAAGUCCAUCGGUAAAACUUCUUCAGUUCGCCAAAGAGAUGAAACUAUUUUUUCCGCAAUCGGUGAAACUCAACCGGGGAAACUACAUUGUUCCAGAACUCGUGGAGUCUUGCAAAAAAGUCAAUAUGACUGACAUGGUGGUGCUUCACGAGCACCGAGGGGUUCCCACGUCGCUCACAAUCUCGCAUUUUCCCCAUGGACCAACCGCCAUGUUCUCAUUGCACAAUGUCAAACUUCGUCAUGAUUUGCCCAAUCUUGGUAAUAUUUCCGAGGCAUAUCCACAUUUAAUUUUUGAAAACUUUACCACGCCGCUCGGACAGAGAGUGGUACAAAUUCUCAAGCAUUUGUUUCCGCCUGGAGCUAAAAAAGAUAGUUCCAGAGUUAUCACAUUUGUCAAUAAUGACGACUUUAUAACCGUGAGACACCAUGUAUAUGUACGAACAAAAGACAGUGUUGAGCUCAGUGAAGUGGGACCACGAUUUGAAAUGAAGCUUUAUGAGGUUCGGUUGGGGUUGAUCGACAACAAGGAUAGCGAUAUCGAGUGGCAGGCCAAGCGGUUUAUCAGGACUGCCAACCGGAAGAAUUAUUUGUAA